CGCGGGGAGAGAUGGCUUCCUACGUGGAUAACAGCUUCCGCCAAGCGGUGAUGAAGAACCCCGCGGAGAGGACCUCCCAGGAUCUGGAAAUAGUGUAUUCCUAUUUACAUGGUAUGGAAGCCUUAUCAAACCUGAGGGAACACCAACUUAGGUUAAUGUGUGAAACUGUGAGAUAUGAAAGACAUGAAGCAAAUGAAGUUUUAUACUAUCCUGAUGAUAUUGGGACCUGCUGGUAUAUCCUUCUCUCUGGUUCCGUGUUCAUUAAGGAAUCCAUGUUUCUUCCAAGAAGCAGUUUUGGCAAGCGUUCUGCAGGAAGCUUUAGGCGUGGCUGUGAAUGCAUUGUUUUAGAGCCUUCUGAAAUGAUCGUGGUGGACUAUAUGGAUGAAAAUGAAGAAUAUUUUCAGCGUCAAGCUUCUCAUCGACAGUCUCGAAGGAGAUUUAGAAAGAUUAACCAGAAAGGUGAAAGGCAAACAAUUAUUGACACUGUGGAUCCUUAUCCUGUGGGCAAACCACCGUUGCCUAGAGGCUAUCAUACGGAAUGCACUAAAUCUCAGCUUCCUGCAGAUUUCACAAAACUACACCUUACUGAUAGCCUCCACCCACAGGUGACCCACGUUUCUUCUAGCCACUCAGGAUGUAGUAUCACUAGUGAUUCUGGAAGCAGCAGUCUUUCUGAUAUCUACCAGGCCACAGAAAGUGAGGCUGGUGAUAUGGACCUGAGUGGGUUGCCAGAAACAGCAGUGGAUUCUGAGGAUGACGACGAUGAAGAAGACAUUGAAAGGGCAUCGGAUCCUCUGAUGAGCAGGGACAUUGUGCGAGACUGCCUGGAGAAGGACCCCAUUGACAGGACAGACGAUGACAUUGAACAACUCUUGGAAUUUAUGCACCAGUUGCCUGCUUUUGCCAAUAUGACAAUGUCAGUGAGACGGGAACUCUGUGCUGUGAUGGUAUUUGCAGUGGUGGAAAGAGCUGGGACCAUAGUGUUAAAUGAUGGUGAAGAGCUGGAUUCCUGGUCAGUGAUUCUCAAUGGUUCUGUAGAAGUGACUUACCCAGAUGGCAAAGCAGAAAUAUUAUGUAUGGGAAAUAGUUUUGGUGUCUCUCCCACCAUGGACAAAGAAUAUAUGAAAGGAGUAAUGAGAACAAAGGUGGAUGACUGCCAGUUUGUCUGCAUAGCCCAGCAAGAUUAUUGCCGUAUUCUCAACCAAGUAGAGAAGAACAUGCAAAAAGUGGAGGAAGAAGGAGAAAUUGUUAUGGUGAAAGAACACCGAGAACUUGAUCGAACUGGAACAAGAAAGGGACACAUCGUCAUCAAGGGCACCUCAGAAAGAUUAACAAUGCAUUUGGUGGAAGAGCAUUCGGUGGUGGAUCCAACGUUCAUAGAAGACUUCCUAUUGACCUACAGGACUUUUCUUUCUAGCCCAAUGGAAGUGGGCAAAAAGUUAUUGGAGUGGUUUAAUGACCCGAGCCUCAGGGAUAAGGUUACACGGGUAGUAUUAUUGUGGGUAAAUAAUCACUUCAAUGACUUUGAAGGAGAUCCUGCGAUGACUCGAUUUCUAGAAGAAUUUGAAAAUAAUCUGGAAAGAGAGAAAAUGGGUGGACAUCUAAGGCUGUUAAAUAUUGCAUGUGCAGCUAAAGCAAAAAGGAGAUUGAUGACAUUAACAAAACCAUCCCGAGAAGCUCCUUUGCCUUUUAUCUUACUUGGAGGCUCAGAGAAGGGAUUUGGGAUCUUUGUGGACAGUGUCGAUUCAGGUAGCAAAGCAACUGAAGCCGGCUUGAAACGAGGGGAUCAGAUACUAGAAGUAAAUGGUCAAAACUUUGAAAAUAUUCAGCUGUCAAAAGCCAUGGAAAUUCUUAGAAAUAACACACAUUUAUCCAUCACUGUGAAAACCAAUUUAUUUGUAUUUAAAGAACUUUUGACAAGAUUGUCAGAAGAGAAAAGAAAUGGUGCCCCUCACCUUCCUAAAAUUGGAGACAUCAAAAAGGCCAGUCGCUACUCCAUUCCAGAUCUUGCUGUAGAUGUGGAACAGGUGAUAGGACUUGAAAAGGUAAAUAAAAAAAGUAAAGCCAAUACCGUUGGAGGAAGGAACAAGCUAAAGAAGAUACUCGACAAGACUCGGAUCAGUAUCUUGCCACAGAAACCAUAUAAUGAUAUUGGGAUUGGUCAGUCUCAAGACGACAGCAUCGUGGGAUUAAGGCAGACAAAGCAUAUCCCAACCGCAUUGCCCGUCAGUGGCACCUUGUCAUCCAGCAACCCUGACUUACUGCAGUCACACCAUCGCAUUUUAGACUUCAGUACUACUCCUGACUUGCCAGAUCAAGUGUUAAGGGUCUUCAAAGCUGAUCAGCAAAGCCGAUACAUCAUGAUCAGUAAGGACACCACGGCGAAGGAAGUGGUCAUUCAGGCCAUCAGGGAGUUCGCUGUGACUGCCACUCCUGAUCAGUAUUCGCUGUGUGAGGUCUCCGUCACACCUGAGGGAGUCAUCAAACAGAGAAGGCUUCCAGAUCAGCUUUCCAAACUUGCUGAUAGAAUACAGCUGAGUGGAAGAUAUUACUUGAAAAACAACAUGGAAACAGAAACCCUUUGUUCAGAUGAAGAUGCUCAGGAGUUGUUGAGAGAGAGUCAAAUUUCCCUACUGCAGCUCAGUACUGUGGAAGUUGCCACACAACUCUCCAUGCGAAAUUUUGAACUCUUCCGCAACAUUGAACCUACUGAAUACAUAGAUGAUUUAUUUAAACUGAAAUCAAAAACCAGCUGUGCCAACCUGAAGAAAUUUGAAGAAGUCAUUAACCAGGAAACAUUUUGGGUAGCGUCUGAAAUUCUGAGAGAGACAAACCAGCUGAAGAGGAUGAAGAUCAUUAAGCAUUUCAUCAAGAUAGCACUCCACUGUAGGGAAUGCAAGAAUUUUAACUCAAUGUUUGCAAUCAUCAGUGGCCUAAACCUGGCACCAGUAGCAAGACUGCGAACCACCUGGGAAAAACUUCCCAAUAAGUACGAAAAGCUAUUUCAGGAUCUCCAAGACCUGUUCGAUCCUUCCAGAAACAUGGCAAAAUACCGCAAUGUCCUCAAUAGUCAAAACCUGCAACCUCCCAUAAUCCCUCUAUUCCCAGUUAUCAAGAAGGAUCUCACGUUUCUUCAUGAAGGAAAUGACUCAAAAGUUGAUGGACUGGUUAAUUUUGAGAAACUAAGGAUGAUUGCAAAAGAAAUUCGUCAUGUUGGCCGAAUGGCUUCGGUUAACAUGGACCCUGCCCUCAUGUUCAGGACUCGGAAGAAGAAAUGGAGGAGUCUGGGGUCCCUCAGCCAGGGUAGUACAAACGCAACGGUGCUAGACGUUGCUCAGACAGGUGGGCAUAAAAAGCGGGUACGUCGUAGUUCCUUUCUCAAUGCCAAAAAGCUUUACGAAGAUGCCCAAAUGGCUCGAAAAGUGAAGCAGUACCUGUCCAAUUUGGAGCUGGAAAUGGAUGAGGAGAGUCUUCAGACGUUAUCCCUGCAGUGUGAGCCAGCAACCAACACAUUGCCUAAGAAUCCUGGUGACAAGAAGCCUGUCAAAACUGAGACCUCCCCAGUGGCUCCGAGGGCAGGGUCACAGCAGAAAGCACAGCCGCAGCCCCAGCAGCCGCAGCCACCACAUAAAGUCAACCAAGGACUGCAGGUUCCCGUGUCCCUUUAUCCUUCCCGAAAGAAAGUGCCCGUCAAGGAUCUCCCACCCUUCGGCAUAAACUCUCCACAAGCUUUAAAGAAAAUACUUUCUUUGUCUGAAGAAGGAAGUCUGGAACGACACAAGAAACAAGCAGAAGAUACGAUAUCAAAUGCAUCUUCACAGCUUUCUUCUCCUCCCACUUCUCCACAAAGUUCUCCAAGGAAAGGUGGCAGUGGCAAUCAGCUGAGAUCUUUUGGCUCCGGGCAGUUGGACUUAACCAGUUCCUCCUCUUCUCUUGGAAGCUAUACUCUGGCUCCCAGUGGUACUGUGGAUAAUUUCUCAGAUUCUGGUCACAGUGAGAUUUCUUCACGAUCCAGUAUUGUCAGCAAUUCUUCCUUUGACUCAGUGCCCGUCUCGCUGCAUGAUGAGAGGCGCCAGAGGCAUUCUGUCAGCAUCGUGGAAACAAACCUAGGCGUGGGCAGGAUGGAGAGGAGGACCAUGAUUGAGCCCGAUCAAUACAGCUUAGGGUCCUACGCACCAAUGUCUGAGAGUCGGGGCUUAUAUGCCACAGCAACAGUAAUUUCUUCUCCAAGCACAGAGGAGCUUUCCCAAGACCAGGGGGAUCGCGCUUCACUCGAUGCUGCCGACAGUGGCCGUGGGAGCUGGACCUCAUGCUCAAGUGGUUCCCAUGAUAAUAUCCAGACCAUCCAGCACCAGAGAAGCUGGGAAACGCUUCCAUUCGGGCACACUCACUUCGAUUAUUCAGGGGAUCCUGCAAGUAUCUGGGCCUCAAGCAGCCAUAUGGACCAAAUGAUGUUUUCUGAUCAUAGCACAAAGUAUAACCGGCAGAAUCAAAGUAGAGAGAGUCUUGAACAAGCCCAAUCCCGGGCAAGCUGGGCCUCUUCCACGGGCUACUGGGGAGAAGACUCAGAAGGGGACACAGGCACAAUAAAGCGGAGGGGUGGCAAAGAUGUCUCCAUUGACGCUGAGAGCAGCAGCAUGCCGCCCGUGACCACGGAAGAAACCAAGCCUGUCCCCAUGCCUGCCCACAUAGCUGUGACACCAACUACUGCAAAGGGACUUAUUGCGCGGAAGGAGGGCAGGUAUCGAGAGCCCCCACCCACUCCUCCAGGCUACAUCGGGAUCCCCAUCACUGACUUCCCAGAAGGGCAUUCCCAUCCGACCAGGAAACCUCCAGACUACAACGUGGCGCUUCAGAGAUCUCGGAUGGUCGCCCGCCCCUCUGAGGCAGCCGGGCCCUCCCCCGCCCCGCAGCCACAGGCGCAUCCCGGGGCUGGCAGGCCCGUGAACAAGCCCCAGUGGCAUAAACCCAAUGAGUGCGACCCGCGCCUCGCCCCCUAUCAGUCUCAAGGGUUUUCUACCGAGGAGGACGAAGACGAACAAGUAUCUGCUGUUUGAGGCACAGGCUUUUCUGGAUCCAGAGUGAGCCACCCGCAAGGAGAGCACAAGAAGACGUCCCUAGCAUCCGGGCCUUGGAACUCACAUUCUGAGGAUGGUGGACCAGUUUGCCUCCUUCCCUGCCUUAAAAGCAGCAUGGGGCUUCUUCUCCCCUUCUUCCUUUCCCCUUUGCAUGUGAAAUACUGUGAAGAAAUUGCCCUGGCACUUUUCAGACUUUGUUGCUUGAAAUGCACAGUGCAGCAAUCUUCAAGUCCCCACUGUUGCUGCCUGCCACGUCACACAGUAUCAUUCCACAUUCCAAGAUCACCACCACAAGAGGAUGCACCCCGGCUGCACUUCUCAAUGCCUGGAAAGAUUGUUUUUAAAUCUUCCUUCUAGAUUUCAAUCCAGUCCUAGCACUCGGUCUCAUUGGGAUAAUGAGAAAAGCUAGCCAUCGAACUUCUCGGGGCCUUUAACCCACCAAGGAAGACAAAGAAAAACAAUGAAAUCCUUUGAGGACAGUGCUUGUCCACUUGUUUACAAUGUCCUCCUUUUUUUUUUUUUUUUUUUUUUAAUGAAUUUAAAGAUUGUGUUCAGAGAGUCAAUGUUAUAUCCACUUAAUGAUUACAGUAUUAUUUUGAACCUUUAAGUAGGGUUGCCAGCCAGGGUUUCUAAAAAAACAAAACACAAAAAACCAAAUAUGCCGGACAGGGUGUGGCCACAGCAAGAAGAGGGGAAGACCUGGCGUGGGGCCCUGUCUUCCCGUGUCCUUCAGGCCUCCCCCGUGAAGUGCCCUAUCCUGGAGAAGUAUAAACUGUUAGCCAAUCACUCAGAUACCAAGACACCCCUCCACUCCUUCCCCAGUGGGUGGGGUUCUCCUGUCAAACUGUUUGCACAUGGCCAGGGGAGGGAAAUAGGACGCCUGUGUCCUGUGUCUGAGCCUUAUGGAGUGCAGGACGGUGUCGUUUGAGGGUGUGUCCUGCUCCAUUGACAUGGAUGGCAACCCCUGCCCCCCCCCCUUUUUUUUUAAGUUAUGUUUCUUUGAUUUUUGUUCAUUUAGUUUUAGGGAUUUUUUGUUUGUUUGUUUGUUUUUUUCAAGAGAAAUGUUUAUAACUGGAUAGCAUUGCAGUGAAAGCAGCUUGGGAUGUUGGAGCUAAUGCCAGCUGUUAGUACUGCUCUUUCAAGACAGCCUCCCUUUACUGAAUUGGCAUUAGGGACUAAACAAGCCUUGACCGUGAUCAAAGAUCAAAAGAUCCCAAACUUGGUGGGAGAUGCCAGCCUUCGCCAGGGUGGGGUUAGUCGCCGGAGACUAACCUGGAAGUGGCUUAAUGGACGCACGACGGAUAGAGAAGGCCUAAGUGUAGCAACCACCUGCUCACAGCUGCUAUUAACCCUAUAAUGACUGAAAUGACCCCUCCACUCUAUUUUUGUGUUGUUUUUGCACAGACUCCGGAAAAGUGAAGGCUGCCAAUCCGAGUAGUACUCAAAUGUGAGGAACUGCUGGUCUUGGAUUUUUUUUUCCAUUAAAUUCAGCUGAUCAUAUUGAUCAGUAGAGAAACGUAAAUAGCUUCAAAUUUUAAAAAGAGUCAAAAUGCAGUGUUUUUUCACUGUAUCAAACAAUGUCAGUGCUUUAUUUAAUAAUUCUCUUGUCUCAUGGCAUUUGUCUACUUGCUUAUAUAUUACAUUGUCAAUUAAGCAUUUGUAAUUUUACAUGUAAUAUGCAUUCUUUGCCAGUUUUAUUAUAUAGGCUAUGGACCUCAUGUGCAUAUAGAAAGACAGAAAUCUAACUCUACCACAAGUUGCACAAAUGUUAUCUAAGCAUUAAGUAAGCGUAGAACAUAGGACUGCUAAUCUCAGUUCGCUCUGUGAUGUCACGUGCAGAAUGUACAAUUAACUGGUGAUUUCCUCAUACUUUUGAUACUACUUGUACCUGUAUGUCUUUUAGAAAGACAUUGGUGGAGUCUGUAUCCCUUUUGUAUUUUUAAUACAAUAAUUGUACAUAUUGGUUAUAUUUUUGUUGAAGAUGGUAGAAAUGUACUAUGUUUAUGCUUCUACAUCCAGUUUGUAUAAGCUGGAAAAUAAAUAAAUAUAACAUAAA